UUUCUCCGCAGAUUGUUGCACGUUCGCUUGGAAGUCGCAACUCGCCUCCGCCGUGCGCGCCAUUCCGCUCGGUGCUGCGGCCCGGCUCAAACUGACUGAAGGGGAGUUUAUAAGGGGGAGGAGAAAGAGAAAGAAUGUUUGUUUUUUGUAAAAUUCAAAUGCAAAGAAUAAAAUGCGGCAUGUGGGAGAGAAAGAGAGAUGGACGGUCGAAGCACGCUUUAUAAAAUAAAUAAUGAAUUACAGAACAAAGCGAAGCUGGAUGGUGCUCUGCGAUUUUCGGAAGAUUAUGUUUUAAACCCCGGCUUUGCUACUUUUUUCUUGGAGUUUGCCCGCAGUUUCCUAAAGGUUAGAUUUGAUGGACGCUGCAAAUUAUGUCUAAAUACGAGGAAGACGUAGCCGUGCAGGCGACUUUUCUUCAAGACCUUUCCCUGUAUGAGGCGCCCAACGAUGGGCUUUACGGCGCACGGAGGGAGCUGCUGGGCAGCCCCAGUCUGGAGGAAACAAAGCGGGCCUUCUUGCUGCAGAUGAUCCCGGGGCACCAGCACCACGUCCUGGAGGCGGCGAGCAGGAUGAACGGGUCAGCGACCGAUCCGCACCUUCAAGACCGAGGUCUAGGCACUUCCUGCAAACUCUCCACGGCGCCCAGGGGAGCGAAUGGCAAUCGCUGCGGCCCGGAGCCGCAGCUGGCGGGCGAGCCCGACCCGGUGAGCUGUUACUUCAAGGGGCACGGAGUUCCGGCAGCCUUCGGUUACAACAACGCCGACAGCCGCAGGUACAGCGGCGGCGGCGGCGGCGGGCUGGUCUACGAGCCAGGCCAGGCGUGCGGUCGGCAGGGAGGUUACGCGGCGUAUCCCCCUGCCUGUGCGCCGGCCGGCAGAGGUAACAAUGUAUCGGCUGCCAGGAGCAACAAUGUAUCGGCGGGACGUUGCAACAAUGUAUCGGUCCCCGGGCAGCCCCCGGACGCGCGGCUCGGCGCCACCAGCCCCCGCUCCAGCCUCGCCUCGUCCUCUUCCUCCAACUCCACUCAGGAACACGGCAAGCAUCCGAGCCCCCGCUCCAGCCUCUACCCGAGCCCCCGUUCCAGUCUGGUGGUGGGAGGCACGGCCCAGGACAAGUACUCAAGCCCCCGGGCUAGCCUGAUCCAGUAUGAGGGCGGCGGCGGCCUGAGCUCCCGCUCCAGUUACGCCAGCACAGCCAGCGACACCAGCAAGCACUCGAGCCCCCGCGCCAGCCUCAACGAGGGCGGCGGCGGCGGCAGCAGCAGGCCGAGCAGCAACCGGACCAGCGGCAUCAGCAUGGGGUACGACCAGAGGCACGUCAGCCCGCGCUCCAGCUACUCCGACUCCCGCUUCGCGCAGGCCGAUGCCGAGGGUGGCGGGCCGGGGCAGGGCCCGAGCGCCCGCAGCAGUAUUUCCAGCCAGAGCUCCCGCGGCUCCCUCAGCGCCGCCUACGGCGACCUUCAGCUGCCGUCGUCGCCGCGCUCGUCGCUGCUGAGCGCCGGCCUCCCGGAGGAAAGUUACCCGGGGCUGGAGAGCCAGCCGGCCUGCGCCGGCGAUCCGUGCUGCCAACAGCGGGCGCCGACGGAGGCGGCGGCCGUCACUCUACACCCGUACGGCUACAGCCCGGGCAAGGGGCCGCCGGCGGCGCACAAGGUGCGGCUGCCGUACCAGGUGACGCCGGGCCGGGACAGCGGGCCGAGCCAGGCCGAGAAGCGGCUGGAGGCGCUCACCCGGGAGCUGGAGAAGGAACUGGAGCUGCACGUUAAGAAAGAGUAUUUCGGUAUCUGUGUGAAGUGCAGGAAGGGUGUGUAUGGGUCUAGCCAAGCCUGUCAGGCCAUGGGCAAUCUGUACCACACCAACUGUUUCAUCUGCUGUUCUUGUGGUCGGAGGUUACGAGGGAAAGCUUUCUACAAUGUCAACGGGAAGGUGUACUGUGAGGAAGAUUUCCUGUAUUCUGGCUUCCAGCAGACGGCAGACAAGUGUUUCGUGUGUGGUCAUCUGAUAAUGGAGAUGAUCCUACAGGCACUGGGCAAGUCCUACCACCCAGGCUGUUUCCGCUGCGUGGUGUGUAACGAGUGUUUGGAUGGUGUUCCCUUUACCGUUGAUGUGGAAAAUAACAUCUACUGUGUCAAGGAUUACCACACGGUGUUUGCCCCAAAGUGUGCAUCCUGUGGGCACCCUAUUCUCCCAGCACAGGGUUCGGAGGAGACGAUCCGAGUGGUGUCGAUGGACAAGGAUUACCAUGUGGAGUGUUACCACUGCGAGGACUGUGGCCUCCAGCUGAACGACGAGGAAACCCGCCGCUGUUACCCCCUGGAGGGGCAUCUUCUGUGCCACAGUUGUCACAUCCGCCGGAUUAACGUCCCCCUACCCGCACAUUCAGCGCCCAACUACCAGCUGCAUGUUACCGAGCUGUAACUGGAGUCUGCAAACCUCCCCCAUGCUGACCAGAAAGGACGCUCCUCUGGGUUGGCCUUGCUGUUGCAACCACGCCCGAGCACCUUCAUCACCGAGGAGCACAGUACCAAGCCCGGGUUGACAGACAGACCUUGGACGAUUUACAGCAUCUGGCACUGUGGUAAUCUGGCCUUUGAGAUCCCCUGCAGCGGGAUGUCGGCCAGACAGCGGCUUCCCUCUGGUGGGAUGUCCGCCAGUCAGUGUUCCUGCUCGCUGGGGGGCCUGCUGAGCAACAGCUCGAUGCGGCUUCGCCGUGUUCUCAGCUCUCAGUAACCGGGUUGCAGAUUCCUGACCGAGGGCCUGCGUAAUCCCACACCUCCUGAGUGACCAAAGCCCUGGUUGUCCCCCUCCCCCGAGAGGGUGGGUAUCAGGGAGAGACUCGAACUGGGCCUUCUGUGUUUGUUCUGCAAAGCUGGGAACCGGAACGCAGCCACUGCUGUGGGGAGCCUCUGCACUUAUCAAUGUUCUGGCUACGGUCUGAUUAACCCUUGCUGUACAGGUCACUACACACACAGACUAUGCAAGCAAUCACAAUUGUUUUAUAUAAAACUGCUCAUCAGUGGUAUUGUACAGUGGGCCCAACUUCAUAAUUUUGUAAUAGUUUUUUUAAAGUGUACGUUUUAAUUUUCUAAUUGGAUGAUUUGGUAUAUUUUCUGUACCGAUCAUUGGAUGCGGGCUCCCAGCUCAUUAACCCUGUCUCCUGCACCAGUCCCCACCAUAGCACCAUGGUGGGCUGAAGGCAGUGUACUGUGCCAUACUGUUCUGUAUUCUGUUGUGUCUCGUUGCUGGGUUGACUUUGUGAUCGUUCUCCGUUUUCCAGAGGAGCAAAGCCUGUUACCAACAGGAAUGUUAUUCCCAGUCACUGAGGAUUCAGUAUGUGCCCACAAUCAGUCAUUGGAUGGGAGGUUGAGAGCUGUUGGGAAAUGGUCACACCCACUCCUGCUGGAAGUCUCAAACCUCCAGGCACUUUUAUUUAUUCUCCCUUUCUCCUCAACUGUCCCCUGUCACCCGCCAGCCCCAUCCUCCCUCCUCCCCCAGCCCUGCUGCCCACUGACUGCUCUUCCUGUCGCUUUGAUCCCGGACCCUGAACCUGCUCAGAAUUGUUGCAUUAUCACUUUUAUUUUUCUUAAGCUCAUCACCCCAGCUGGGGCAAAGGCCCCAGACAGCAGCUCUCCUGGGCCAGGCUUUCACCUUGUCCCCAGGUGUAGCCCAUCCUUCCUCUCCAUGGGAUGGGGUCUUUGGAGCCUCUGUUGCUGUGGGUUUUUAUGGGAUGGGGUUGCUCCAACUUUCACAGCCGUGCUUGGGACCAUCCGUGGCGGAGUCACCAGUGGCUGAUGUGGUGUGAAAUGAUUCCAAUUCCGUUUUAUUUGUUACACGUACAUCGAAAUAUACCGUGGAUUGCGUUAAUGACCAACGCAGACCGAGGAAGUGUAACCGGACAUUCUGGCAGGAACCGUGUUUUGGCCCACCAACACCAACAAAAAUAGAACGAGCCCUUGUCCAACCCCAGGACAGGUUGACUCCUCUUGUCACUGGACCCUCAGACUCGCCGCUUUCAGGCCUCUGAACUACACCAGGACUUUGGGACUCUGACCUUCAGACAUUGACACCAGACUCAAACUGACCUCCGACCCCGGGACUCACCGACCUGGCUGGGAGGGCAGCGGUAAACAUCCCUCAGGCCUUCUGGCCACAUGGGCUGCCUGCCCAGAUGUGGUGUUUGGCAGCGGGACAGUGCAAAGUUCUUGCUCCUUUCCCCGUGACAAGAUGGCCUCCUGCCAUUGCUGGUUCUGCCCUCUGUGGGAUUCCUUCAUCCUCUACAACCCAGCCAUGGAUGCUCCUCGCCUGUCUCUGCAGGCAAGGUCCAGCCUCCUGCUUCCAUGCAUUGGCUGGAUUCUUGCAAACCACUCCACCCUCCAGGAUUCUGCGCAGCUCCAGCACAGAGCCAGCAGGAGUUGGCACAGAACGGAGGAAUGCUGAGGUGAAGUUUUGCCCAGAACUGGGCUGUUCUUUUCUCCAGCCCAGAAACCACCCCCCAGCUGGUGUUGGGGAUUGCUGUGGGACUGAGACGGGAGAUGUAGAGUUAUUUAUCUUAAAAGUAAAGCCACAUAAUAUCAACCUAAAUUAUUAAACCUGUAAAUGUUGAAGGUCACUUAACCUUAGAUAUAAUCUGCCUUUUUUCCAAAAAUAAAGUUUUUUUUUGUAAGUUAACUCUGACCUUGUCUUUGCUACUUCGUCAGUUUUACUAGUUUUUCUUUGUCGACGCAUUGCCGACCUCCACUUACCGGCCAUCAAGGGAAUGUUUAGAGAAAGGUGCUGGAAAAGGGCCAGUAACAUCGUGAACGAUCCCACCCACACUGCUGAAGAACUGUUUUGUCUUCCUCCGUCAGGGAGGAGGAGGAGGCGAUGUAGCAUCCACACCAGGACCACCAGGUUGGAAAAAGGGGUUGUGAUGGGUGAUUUUAACUGUACUAAUAUUGACUGGCAUCUUCCUAGAGCAAGGGGUUUAGAUGGGGUGGAGUUUGUUAGGUGUGUUUAGGAAGGUUUCCUGAUGCAAUGUGCCAACUAGAGGAGAGGCUGUACUUGAUCUGGUAUUGUGGGGAGACCGGAACUGCACGCAAUACUCCACUUGUGGCCCAACUAGAGUUUUAUAAAGUUGCAACAUAACCUCCAGACCUUUGAACUCAGUGCCUGGACUAAUAAGCGCAAGAAUGCCGUAAGCCGUAAACCACCCUAUCAACUUGUGUUACCACUUUCAGAGAGCUAUGAACUUGGACCCCAAGUUCUCUCUACUCAGCAAUACUGUUAAGGGUUUUGUCCUUAACCGUGUAUUGUCUCUUUACUUUUACCCUACCAAGAUGCAACACCUCACCUGUUUAUCUGGGUUAAACUUCAGGAGUGAGAGAUACCAUCUCAUUGAGUGGUGUCACUGCAACAACUUCACUCAAUGUCAGUAAGACCGAAGAUAUGAUUGCGGAUCAGAAGUGGAGAGAGUGAGCAAUUUCAAGUUCCUGGGUGUCAGUAUCUCUGAGGACCUAACCUGGACCCAACGUAUCGAUGCAGCUACAAGGAAGGCAAGACAGCGGCUAUAUUUCAUUAGGAGUUUAAG